AUGAAGAAGUCUAAGUUGCACGACACAGUUAUCUUUAAGUCCAAAGAGAAAAAAAAACCUGUUAAGAAGGAAAUCGAGAGCAAGGAAUUUGAAGACACUAAUAUUGAAUUUAUCCCUGAGCCUCACAUAGAGAGUGGAACCCAAAGCUCUAGAAUAAAGGUAGCCAUCAGGUGAAGGCCCCUCAUAGAGCACGAUUUUCUGUCAAAAUAAUUAUUCAGAAUAUGGGAAAGAAGAAAUUAUUUCUGUUGAGCAGGAUAAAAGUAAAGUAAUUGUGAUGGACAUGGAAAAUCAUUACCAUAGUGUAUAUGAUGCUGCAUUUGAUCAAAAGUCAUCCCAAUCUGACAUAUUCAAAUUUGUAUCACCUCAAAUUAAACAGAUCUUCGAUUCUAAGAAUUGAACAAUAUUUGCCUAUGGCCAGACUGGCUCAGGCAAAACUUAUACAAUGUUUGGCAAAACCAAACCUCAAAGACGCAUUGAAACAGAGAGCAUGUCUUCUGAUAAUGAUGAAACGGGGAUCACUCCAAGGGCGAUUAACUACAUUUUUGAUUUCAUCAAUUCUAUUGAUCAAGAAUACGCAGUCCACUUAUCAUUCAUACAGAUCUAUAACGAAAAGAUCUACGAUUGUCUCCAGGAUGCACACAAUGUAAAGCCAUUGAAAGUUCGUGAAGAUAAAAUCACUGGGACUUACAUAGAGGGCCUUUCUGAAUUUUCAGUCAACUCUAUGGACGCAUGUCAAGCUCUCAUGAAUAGAGGAGAGAAGAACAGAAUCACGAGACAAACCAAAGCUAACAUCCAUAGUUCGAGAUCUCAUUCUGUUGUACAAAUAAUGGUUGAGACAAAGAGUGAAGAUAGCGCAGGAAUGAUUCAGAAAGCAAAGCUUAGCUUCUGAGAUCUUGCAGGGUCAGAGAAGCUUGAUAAGGAUUCUAGCAAUGAGAAGUAUCUUAAAGAGCUUAAGACAAUUAAUUUGUCACUAACAACUCUUGGAAAGGUUAUCUCAGCUCUUGCUAAGAACCAUAUGAAGAAGAUUACUAAGAGUAAAACUCAUAACUCUAGACCAUUCAGAGAAUACGUUCCUUACAGAGAGUCUAACCUUACUCGAAUUCUCAAAGAUUCUCUUGGAGGAAACACUAAUUCAUGCUUGAUAGCAACUGUAUCUCCUACUGUAGACUGAGCAGAAGAGUCAAUUUCAACUCUCAAAUUUGCUAAUAGAGCCAAGCUUGUGAUGACUAAAGUUCGAAAGAACAAUUUCUCUGCUACAAAUGAUAGAUUAGUAAACAAGCUACAGAAUGAGAUUAAGCAUCUGAGAGAUGUCCUGAAUAUCAAAAGAAAAGGAAAUAAAUAUGACCUUGAAGCUCAGGUAGUCGCCCUUAAAAUGGAAAAUCAAAAAUUGAGAAAAGAGGUAUCUAGACCAAUCAUUUCAACUAUGGAAACUCUUGACAAAAAUAGGGCAAAAUAUCCUAUUCUCAAAUCUCCAGAUAGCUUGAAUCUUGAAAACAGGGGUUAUGAAUUUAGUACAGAUGUGUCCCCCAAAAAUGCACAGAGUGUUUCAAAUUCAGAUUAUAUCUUUCCCUUGAAACGAGGUUCUAUCGAUUUAAAAAUGCCUAAACUAAAAGAAUCUUCCUUUAAUAUUUCAGAGAAAAAUAGCAUGAUUCUAUCAGACAAUGCUUACAAAAAUAGGCCAGGUUUGAAUGCGAAUCUUAGGGCGUCUCACUUAGAUAUAAAUUCAUCAUCAAAAUACUCCUUAAAUAGGUUCAAAUCUAGUGUUCCAUCAAGAGACCUCUCUGCAAGCUCUUCGAUUCCUGUAGAUCCUGUGCAGUUUAGAGACUCUUCAAGGAACAUGCCCAAGACUAAUCUUCUCAAGUUCCAGGCUUCUUCCGACAACAUUAAUAUCUCUAAAGAAGAGAUCAAGGUUUCACGUGGGCCGACUGGUGAUGGAAUCUUUCAGUCGCAAGUACGUAUAAGAGAUAAGAAUAACCAAGCCCGGUAUCAAAACGCCAAGCACGACCAAAACCUCGACCGCCAAGCGCUAAAAUAAAGCUGCAGCGAGACUGAAGAAUCUAGACUUAAUGCAAAAGCAGCACUCUGACAAAAUCAGGAAGGAAAUAGAGCAUAUUGAACGGUCAAGACAGAAAGAACUCCAGGAAGAAGAAAGGAGAAGGCAGGAUAUACUCAACCAGCAGAAGAAGAUAGUGUCGUUUAAGAAGAAACGUAACCGGUAUAAAGAUGCUAAAUCACCAAUUAGUAUGGGGUAAUUUUUUAUGCAAAAAGAUUCAAUUA